GGUGCCGACCUGGUCGCUUAAGUCCCCAUACUCCGUGCCUCCUGUCCCAUACUGUCCGCCCCGCUCACCCACGCCCAUGCAUAUUCCGCCAACCAUGAACCCGUUCCAGCCGCCCCGUACCCAGCUCGAGGCGGAGGUGGACGCCAUCCACCCCGGCUACGGCUUCCUGUCCGAGAACGCCGCCUUUGCGCGCAAGUGCGCGGAGGCGGGCAUCGUGUUCAUCGGCCCCAAGCCGGAGACCAUCGAGGCGAUGGGCGACAAGACCGCCGCCCGCCGCGCCGCUGUGGAGUGCGGCGUGUCCAUUGUGCCCGGCACCAACAACCCGCUGUCGUCGCCCGACGAGGCGCGCGAGUUCGCGGCCAAGUACGGCUACCCCGUUAUCCUGAAGGCGGCCAUGGGCGGCGGCGGCCGCGGCAUGCGCGUGGUGCGCCACGAGAGUGAGAUGUCGGACGCCUUCAUCCGCGCCUCCAACGAGGCCCGCUCCGCCUUUGGCGACGGCCGCAUGUUUGUGGAGAAGUACGUGGAGGAGCCGCGCCACAUUGAGAUCCAGAUCAUCGCCGACCACUACGGCAACGUGGUGCAUCUGUACGAGCGCGACUGCUCGGUGCAGCGCCGCCACCAGAAGAUCCGCGGCAUCAAGACCAACAUCCCCUUCCUGGAGAACGUGAUGCGCCACCCCGACUUCCUGUCCGGCGAGGCCACCACCUUCUUCAUCGAGCAGCACCAGCGCGAGCUGUUCAACUUUGAGCGCCACGGCUCGCUGCGCUCCUCCAAGCUGCUCACCUACCUGGCGGACAUGGUGGUGAACGGCCCCGACCACCCGGGUGCCAUCGGCGCGCCCCCCUCCAAGUUCGUGCCCUCCCCGCUGGCCAUCCCGGACCAGCUGGUGGGCAACCUGAGCGGCCCCGGCUGGCGCGACGUGCUGCAGCGCGAGGGGCCGGACGGCUGGGCCAAGGCGGUGCGCGCGCACAAGGGCGUGCUCAUCACAGACACCACCAUGCGUGACGCGCACCAGUCGCUGCUGGCCACCCGCAUGCGCACGCACGACAUGCUGAAGGCCGCGCCCGCCACCGCCGCCAUCCUGAGCCAGGCCGGCUCGCUGGAGAUGUGGGGCGGCGCCACCUUUGACGUGUCGCUGCGCUUCCUGCACGAGUGCCCCUGGCGCCGCCUGGAGCGCCUGCGCGAGCUCAUCCCCAACGUGCCGUUCCAGAUGCUGUUCCGCGGCGCCAACGCGGUGGGCUACACCAGCUACCCCGACAACGUGGUGCGCGCCUUCGUGAGCGAGGCGGUGCGCUCGGGCGUGGACAUCUUCCGCAUCUUCGACUCGCUCAACUACGUGGACAACCUGCGCUUCGGCAUGGACGCCGUGCGCGACGCGGGCGGUGUGGUGGAGGCGACGCUGUGCUACACCGGCGACAUCACUAACCCCAAGAGCAAGUACCAGCUGGACUACUACCUGGACCUGGCGGAGAAGCUGGUGGAGCACGGCUGCCACGCACUGGCCAUCAAGGACAUGGCUGGCCUGCUCAAGCCGCGUGCCGCCACCAUCCUGGUGGGGGCGCUGCGCCAGCGCUUCCCCAACACCGUCAUUCACGUGCACACACACGACUCCGCGGGCACGGGUGUGGCCACCCAGCUGGCCGCCGCGGCCGCCGGCGCCGACAUCGUGGACUGCUGCGUGGACAGCAUGUCGGGCCUGACCAGCCAGCCCAGCAUGGGCGCCAUCGUGAACGCGCUGCACGGCACGCCGCUGGACACCGGCAUCAACCCGCGCCACCUGCUGCCGCUGUUCAACUACUGGGAGUCCACUCGCGAGCUGUACGCGCCCUUCGAGUCCAACAUGAAGGCUGUGAGCAGCGAUGUGUACGUGCACGAGAUGCCGGGCGGCCAGUACACCAACCUCAAGUUCCAGGCCAUGAGCCUGGGCCUGGGCGAGGAGUGGUCCAACAUCUGCACCGCAUACGCCUCGGCCAACCGCGCCCUGGGAGACAUCGUCAAGGUGACCCCCAGCUCCAAGGUGGUGGGCGACCUGGCCCAGUUCAUGGUGCAGAACGGGCUGGACGAGCACACCCUGGUGGAGCGCGCCGAGAACCUGUCCUUCCCCAGCUCGGUCGUGGAGUUCAUGCAGGGCUACCUGGGCCAGCCGUCCUUCGGCUUCCCGGAGCCUCUGCGCAGCCGCGUGCUCAAGGGCAAGCACACCAUCGAGGGCCGCCCCGGCGCCAGCCUGGGCGCCAUGGACCUGGCGGGCCUGGAGUACCGCCUCAAGGAGAAGUACGGCGCAGGCGCCAUCAGCCAGCGCGACGUGCUGUCCGCGGCGCUGUACCCCAAGGUGUUUGACGAGUACAUGACGCACGUGCUCAAGUACAGCGACCUCAUCGAGAAGCUGCCCACGCGCGCCUUCCUGACGCCUCUGGAGGAGGACGAGGAGGUGGAGUUCGAGAUCGCCAAGGGUGUGGCCGCCAACAUCAAGUACAAGGCGGUGGGCGAGCUGCAGCCGAACGGCAAGCGCGAGGUGUUCUUUGAGGCCAACGGCGUGCCGCGUGUGGUGGAGGUGGGCGACAAGAAGGCGGAGCAGGUCAUGGGCAAGAAGGCGGUGCGCGAGAAGGCCGACCUGGCGGUGCUGGGCAGCGUGGGCGCGCCCAUGGCCGGAACCAUCAUCGAGGUGUCGGUGAAGACCGGCGCCAUGGUGAAGCCGGGUCAGCAGCUGGUGGUGAUGAACGCCAUGAAGAUGGAGACGGCCAUCUGCGCGCCGGUGUCGGGCGUGAUCACGCAGGUGGCGGUGGAGAAGAACGACGCGCUGGACGCCGGCGACCUGGUGGUGUACAUCGACACCACCGCCGUGGGCGCGGUGGAGGACCCGCUGUCGUCCGGCAGCGACGACGACGACGAGGUGCAGCCCGAGGGCGGCAAGAAGGAGCCGGCGAUGGCGGCGUAAGCUGGAGGGGGGAAUCGGCGGGAGGAGGAGGAGCUUGAGGAGGAGCAGCUGGGGGAAGGGGAAAGGGCGGCGUGUUGUGUGGGGUAGCAGGCGCGAGCGGGCGCGAGUGGGUAAAAAUGGCAAGACCUUGUCGCGUGCGACCGCGUGCGUCGUGCGCUGGGUACUGUCGUUGGGGGUGCGAUCCGUUUGUUUGGCGGGUUAGGGUCCGCACCGCGAGCUGCCGCGCUUCCAUGUCAGCGCUUCUUGAAAGGGUCUUGGGGUCAUGCUGUGUGAGCCUGUGUACAUUUGUGUGACAUCUUGUGGUGAAGCAGGGCGGGCAUUGUAUGUGUGUGCGUCAGACAUUGUUACGGAUGGUGGUAUUUGCGCCCGCAAGAGUUUGCCGCCCCGACGACGGGGACCGGCAGAGGCUAGCAUGCAUGGGCGAAGGUAGCAGGGCUGGAGCCCUAGGUGCAAGGCAGGAAGCAGUUCAGGGCCUUAAUUGCGCCCAACUAGCGAGCAUAGUAAGGAGGAGUGUGCAGCGGCACUUGCAGCAGUUGGUCUGGGGUGUGGACCUUGAUUGAAUCAUGGCAGAUCUGCGUGUGUUGGCUACCGGCGUGGCUGCGUGCCGCCCCCUGGUUUUUGCGCCCCUCGCAAGUAUUCUGAGAGCUUGCUGCGCACUGGGCAGCUGCUGACGAUGACGACGGUGAUAGGCGGCAUGACAGCGCUUGUCAUUACAUGCUCAAGGUUUUGCCCUUAACUGAAAGCACGGGGCACGGGAGCUGCGGAGUAAGGGUACACAGGCGGAUUUCGCUUCCGGGGUUGUACGGUUAACUGGCUGUUGUACCAGUAAGGACUGAGGUGUCGUGCUGGUAAUGCAGGGUCCAAAAGGCGCAUGGCGCCAACAUGUCGGGCGCGAAGCGGUUGAGGUUCGCCGCGAUGGUGUAACACCAACGGAAG